UGCAUGUGACACACCCCUGGAUCUGAAAGUUAGCCUUUUGUAGUUUGGAUAAUUCAUCUUUCACCUCCCACUGGGUGGAGCAGAAGCUUACAAGAGAAGCUGGAAUGUAGUUGUUAGGAGUGUUUUGCUGCAGUCUGGUGCAUCGCCUACUCUUCUAUACAAGCAAGCACUUAGCAAAGACUAUCUACAACUUCUGUUAUAAUAAACAUCAUCAGAAGACACAAGUUAGACAUCUGAAACAGCAGAAAUCAUGGAGGAGGAUUCAAUUCAAUUAGAGCAUGCCAUAAGUGAAGAGAAGGCUGGUGUACAUGAAAGUCAGGAGCUGGUGGUGCCCAGCCACAGCCCUGCAGAAUCACCCAGCUCCAGCCCCACACCUCAACAACAUGUAGUGGAUUCCAUCAAAGACAGCAAUCAAGUCAACGCUAUCACAGUCCUCACCCUGCUAGAUAAACUGGUCAACAUGCUGGACUCAGUACAAGAGAACCAGCACAAAAUGGAAAAGAAGCAGAUCGACAUUGAAAACUCGGUCAAGGGGAUUCAGAGUGACAUCACAAAGUUAUCCAAGAGCCACACUACUACCAGCAACACUGUCAGCAAACUUUUAGAAAAGUCUCGCAAAGUCAGCGCCAACAUGAGAGAAGUGAAGGAUCGGAUGGACAAGCAGACAGCACAAGUCAAGAAACUGGAGAACAACCAGAGCCAGCUGCUGAGAAGGAACAACUUCAAAGUUCUAAUCUUCCAGGAAGAAAAUGAAAUUCCUGCAAGUGUCUUUGUAAAAGAACAAACACCAGUUCCUAGCAUUACAGAAGGCAUCGAAGAACUUGCCGACCCAAACAAGUUACAGGAGGAAACCAUGCAUACAAUUGACCUAUCUUCAGAUGAUGAAAUUAAUCAUGAUGAGGAUGGCCAUGAUGACAGCUUAGAUGAAAAGUUAGGGCCCAGUAGAGCAGAGAAAAUGAAGAGGUCUAGCCUAAAGAAAGUAGAUAGCCUGAAAAAAGCUUUUUCUCGUCAAAAUAUAGAAAAGAAGAUGAACAAGAUUAGCACUAAAAUUGUGUCACCAGAAAGAAGAGAGAAAAUUAAAAAGUCAUUUACACCAUCCCAAAAUAAAACUUCAAAAGGCUCAUCAUUCAAGGUUCCAAUAGGCUUUAAUGUGAAGAAAUCGCAUGAUGAAGAGACACAUACAGAGAAUGAAGGAAAAAAGGAAGAUGUAGAAGAACAAGCUGUAAAUGAGCAGGAUGUCAGUCAAGAAGAUGAAAAGACUUCUCCAACAGAGGAUGUAAAUGCGUUUGAAGAAGUAAAGGUGAAAAAAGAUGCCACUGAUAAAGAAGACAUAACUGAAGAAGUACAAGUGGUAAGGAGAAAUACAGAGUUGGCUAUUGUUGAAGAUGAAGACGAGAAUGAAAUAGACUUUGAAUGUGAGAAUCCGUUUAACCCUGAAUAUAAGCCAAAACCUGGGGAACUAGAAGACUCCUAUGAAGCUCCUACUCAGUCAACUGCUCUCCAGAUAGACCAAAGUGCAUAAGUUGAUCUUGAUUUAUAAGCAUCUGGUUUUAAGUCAUGUUUCAUGUGGAAAUGAAAGCUGAUUAAUGGAGUACAGGUGGUAAUAUGUUUUGAUUAAAGAGAAAUCUUGUUUUAGAUGGGAGCAAUAUAUUUUGAUGAGGUUGCUGCUUAUAAAUUUGUUUCCUAGAAUAUCUUGUAAGUAGCUACCAAUUUUCAAUCCCUUUUGUUUAUUUUAGUACUAAUAUAUUCCGCUUGUGUUUAGAUCAUGUUAAGCAAGAACUGCAUUAUCCUUUUACAAUAAUGUAUAAGGUUACUUUAUAGUGUGAAAGUGCUUGCAGUAAUUAAUCAUUUAACUGAUUCCACAAUGCCAUUAAAGUGUGCACCACACACAAUGACAUUGUGCGAUCACAGAAUAAACCACUCUAAGAUAUUGGAAAUCUUCA